UGAGAAUGAGCACCAGAAACUCAUCGUGUGGCGUUCUCGGAAAAUUCAGAGGAGCUCAUUGCUGUAUUUUGGACAUCAUAGGCCACGAGUGAAUAUCAUAAAGAGUUAAACUAAACUAAACUAACAGAACAGACUACACUGACUGAUUUCUCUCCAAGUUUACAUGAAAACUGACAAGGGAAUGCUGGUCAUUCUGUUUGCAGCAACAAUGCUCUUUGCGCAGGACCUCGCCGUGGCCGAGCCGAGGACAAAAUGUUCAUCCAGGUGUGAUGUGAGUAAAUGUCCGAGCCCGAGCUGUCCGAGCGGGUAUGUGCCCGACCACUGCAACUGCUGUCUUGUUUGCAGCCUGGGCGAGGGCACAUCGUGCGGUCGGAAGGAUGAUGCUCCGUGUGGCGACGGGCUAGAAUGUAAAUUUCCAGCCGGUAAGCGACUUUCACAAGGCGUUUGCCAGUGUAAGACAACUCAUAGAGUGUGUGGCAGCGAUGGAAAGACCUACGGUAAUGUGUGCAAGAUGAGGGCAGCCGCGCGUAAAGCUCAACAGCGAGGGCUCUCCGUGAUUACCCAAACGCACAAGGGUUCAUGCGCAUCAUCAAGCUCAGAUAUGGGCAUAUACAGUAUUCAGAGGAAACUCUGCUGGAUAGCGGCUACCAAAAAAACUAACUGUCCUGCACAUCUGAACAGCCCAAGGUAUAAGUUUAACUUCAUCGCUGAUGUUGUGGAGAAGAUUGCCCCUGCUGUGGUACACGUCGAGCUCUUCCUCAACCAUCCGCUCUUUGGCCGCCAUGUACCUUUGUCAAGCGGUUCUGGAUUCAUAAUGACUCAGGCAGGUCUGAUUGUGACCAAUGCUCAUGUAGUAUUUACUAGUAGUGCAACAGUAACGGGCCGCCAGCAUCUACGAGUGCAGCUACACGAUGGCCAGACGUAUGACGCCUCCAUCAGAGACAUCGACAAGAAGUCUGACAUUGCCACUAUCAAAAUUAAUCCAAAGAAAAAAUUACCAGUGUUAUCACUGGGUCAGUCUGCUGACCUGAGGCCUGGUGAGUUUGUGGUUGCAAUUGGCAGUCCAUUCGCUCUUCAGAACACAGUCACAACAGGCAUCGUCAGCACAACACAGAGAGAUGGAAAAGAGCUCGGCAUCCACGACUCUGACAUGGACUACAUCCAGACCGAUGCUAUCAUCAAUUAUGGAAACUCAGGAGGUCCACUUGUCAAUCUGGAUGGUGAGGUGAUCGGAAUAAACACACUAAAAGUUACUGCAGGAAUUUCAUUUGCCAUUCCAUCCGACCGAAUCAAUAAGUUCCUUGAUGAAUCCAAUGAUAAACAGCAGAAAGUCAAACAAAGAGUAGUCAGGACAAACUUCACGCAGUCUCAAGCUGUGAAGACUGCCUCAGAUAUAAAAGGCCCCAAGAAAAGGUUUAUUGGAAUCAAAAUGGUCACUUUAACAGAAAACAUUGCCCAGGAGUUAAAAUGGCACAAUCCAGACUUUCCAGGUAUCGGCAAAGGAAUUCUUGUCCAUGAAGUUGUCCCGGAUUCCCCAGCUCAGAAGGGUGGGCUUGAAACAGGUGAUAUUAUAGUGAAGCUAAACGGCCAUCCAUUGGUCAACACUGGAGAACUACAGGAGGCGAUUCAGGAAGACACGCCCCUCCUUCUGGAAGUUCGGCGUGGUAAUGAUGAUCUACUAUUUAACAUUGAACCUCGUAUCCUUAUGCAGUGACAAUGGAAAAGAUGUGGAACCAGAGGGAUCUGAAGAACAAGAUCAAGUGGAGCAGAUUGGUAGAGACUGAUGUGUUCUUGAGUUUCUACUGCUGGAUGAAAAUGUGAAGAAAGUAAAGCACAAUUAACAAUCUGGGCUUCAAAGGACAAAUGCAAUAAAAACAAUUGAGUAUGCGCACUGGAUUCAAUUAAUGUCAUUCUAACUCCAAAGUAAUACAGUGUCUUUCUGUAUGGAUUGUCUUGGUCUUCACAAUAAAGAUCAAUUAUUAUUUAGAAAUAAAAAGAGGAAUUUUUCCAAUUACCG